CAAAUCACAUGAUGAGGACACCACAACGAAUUUUAUGGUUCGUCAUGAUCCAACUUUUCCUCCAAUUUGGCAAGCCUGUUUUUGCAGACACAGAUGAUUUCAUAAGCAUUGACUGCGGAGCCAGCAACGCAUACACUGACCCACAAACUAAAAUCUCGUAUCAGACAGACACAGGCUUUGUAGAAACAGGAACAAAUGCUAUGGUGGCACCUGAUAAAAGAUAUUACGUAGAUUAUCCUUAUUUUGGGAGGCAAUUGCAAACGCUGAGAAGUUUCCCAGAUGGCAAAAAGAAUUGCUACAGCCUGAAACCGAAACAGGGCAAAGACAACAAUUACUUGAUAAGAGCUUUCUUCGCAUAUGGAAAUUAUGAUGGCAAAAAUCAGACUCCAUCUUUUGACUUGUACUCCGGCGUCAAUCACUGGACACCUGUUUAUCCUUAUCUACAUUAUCAAGUAUUGGAGAUAAUCCAUACUCCCACAACAGACACCAUAGACGUUUGCCUUGUCAAGUCUGGAAAUGGAAUACCUUUCAUUUCUACGUUGGAGCUAAGACUCCUCACCAAUUCUAUUUAUCUGACUCCCUCCCCUUCGCAAUCACUGUUAAUCCUUGAGGGAAGAAUUGAUGUGGGCUACAUUAAUUCGACGACUUCAGAUGGGUUCAGCAGGUGA